AUGGCCCAGUUCAAGCUCUCCGCCCAGCUUGCUGGCCAUGACCAAGAUGUCCGCGCCGUUUGCUUCCCCUCCCCCGACGUGGUCCUCUCUGCUUCUCGCGACCAGACCGUCCGCCUGUGGAAGCGGACGUCCAACGCCCCGCCCUCCUUCGAGGCCCAAAUAGCCACUCAGGGCCACGACUACAUCAACUCUGUGAUAUACCUCAAGCCCUCCCAAGACUUCCCUGACGGGCUCAUUGCCUCGGGAGGCAAGGAUGCCAUCAUCGAGGUGCGCCGUCCUGGCUCGCACUUCUCGGACAAUGCCGAGCGCCUGCUCAUUGGCCACGCCGGAAACGUCGUCACUCUCGACGCCUCCCCGGACGGCAAGUUCCUCGUCUCUGGCGGCCUGGACGGCCAGGCACGGGUGUGGAGCAUCGGCAAGUGGGAGACCGAGAUGGUGCUCGAGGGUCACAAUGGCAAGGGCAUCUGGGGCGUCCUCGCCUUCGACGACCACACCGUCCUCACCUGCUGCGCCGACCAGAUGAUCCGCGGCUACGACCUCCGUACCGCCAGCGCCGGUGAGGUCCAGCCCACCACCACUAUCUACACCCCCGACAUCCUGCGCGCCCUCUGCCGCGUCCCCAAGGGCCACCCCAGCGGCGCCGAUAUCGCCACAGCUAGUAACGAUGGCGUCAUCCGUCUGUGGUCCGUCCGGGAUGGCAAGCAGAUUGCCGAGAUGCACGGCCACGAGAGCUUCAUCUACUCCCUCGCCGCCCUGCCCUCCGGCGAGCUCGUCAGCUCGGGAGAAGAUCGAACGGUCCGGGUAUGGAAGGGACUCGAGUGUGUGCAGACCAUAACGCAUCCGGCCAUCUCCGUCUGGAGUGUGGCCGUGUGCCCCGAGAAUGGCGACAUCGUCUCGGGCGCCAGUGACAACGUUGUCAGGGUCUUCACUCGGAGCGAGGACAGGAUAGCCGCUGCGGAUGCCUUGAGCCAGUUCGACGAUGCCGUCAAGGCAUCUUCCAUCCCCCAGCAGCAGGUCGGCUCCAUCAACAAGGAGAAGCUCCCUGGUCCCGACUUCUUGAAGUCCAAGUCGGGCACAAAGGAGGGACAGAUCCAGAUGAUUAGGGAAGAGGACGGCUCCAUCUCUGCUCAUCAGUGGUCAAUAAGCCAUCAACAGUGGAUCAACGUGGGCACUGUCGUCGACUCUGCGGGAAGCAGCGGCCGCAAGGUCGAAUACAACGGCAAGUCCUACGAUUACGUCUUUGACGUUGACAUCAAGGACGGCGAGCCACCUCUAAAGCUCCCCUACAAUCUCUCCGAGAAUCCCUACGAACGCGCCACCAAGUUCCUGAGCGACAAUGAACUACCGAUGACUUACCUCGACAAUGUGGCCAAUUUCAUUGUCGAGAACACAAAGGGCGCUACCCUCGGCCAGACCAGCUCGCAGCCUGGACCAGACCCCUACGGAACCGAGUCGAGAUAUAUCCCUGGACAGGAGUCGCAGCAAGCCCCCAUUAAACCGUCCCUCCUGUCUCAGGACAAGUACAUCACGCUUGCCCAGGCCAAGUUCCCGCCAAUCGAAAAGAAAAUUCUUUCUGUCAACGCCGAACUCAUCAAGACUGGAGAAAAGCAGCAUGCACUAAACCCGACGGAAGAGGCGACAUUCAAAGACCUCAUCCAGCUCCUGACUACUGAGACAACAAAGAUCCCGGCCUAUGUGUCCGCAGCACAAUCACCAGCGGCCUUCCCGAUCCCCGAAGACGCUGCUGAUCUCGUCGUCAAGCUGAUCACGACGUGGCCGUACGCCCACCGCCUGGCUCCUCUGGAUCUCCUGCGAUGCAUGUGCCCCUCUCCUACCAUUGCGGGCUACACGCCGGCCAGCAAGGGUUCCAUCCUGGACCUUGCCCUUUCCAGCGCGCUGGAGCCGGGCAUACCCGGCUCCAAGCCCAACGAGAACUCAGUCAUGAUGGCUUUGCGCUGCAUCACCAACCUCUUUGUCACCGAGCAGGGCCGCGCUGUGGCAGCCAGCAGGGCCGACCAGGUCAUCUCGGUCAUGGAGUGUAUCCUGGGUGUCUCGGAAUAUGCUGGCGUCGCCGGGCCGAUCGGCACUACCAACCGCCUACUCUUUAUCGCCCUGACGUCGGCCGCGGUCAACUUUGCCGUCCUGUUCCACAAAGAGCAGCAGGCGGGCGGCAGCGCCACUGUGGGACUGGAAGCCGUUUCGCUGCUGAUCAACGUCUUGGGUCAGGUGCUCAAGGGCCAGUCAGACGCUGAAAUCGUCUUCAGGGCACUGGUGGCGCUCGGCACAAUCCUUUCGGCCAAGGGCGACGGAGCGGAUGCGGCGACGAUUGCAAAGGACUUGGGGGCGGCAGACUGGGCUCGGCAGGCCAAGAGUCAGGCCAGCGAGCCGCGGGUCAAAGACGUCGCGGAUGAAGUCCUCAAAUUGCUCAGGUGA